AAUAUAUUAAUUUUGUAUUCAUUGAUGAUGUAUUUCCGUAUAAAAGAUUACCAACCCCUCCUCUUAUUAUACUAACUAAUUAGAUCCAAGCUGUAGAUUCUAAACACAAAUUUAUUUCCACUUGCUACACGCUCCUACUCUAGUGUCGUCCCCUACUCGACCAAUUUCCCAAGUAAAAAUGCAAACAUCUUAGUCCAAACGUUAUAGUCAAUCAACAAAUAAAAAGGGAUUCCGAUACAAUCAAAUCAUAACGUGGUAGUUGCAGAGAGAAAUAUUUGGAAAGAGAGAUUUUGAUUCUCUCUUUGUUUGCGAUCAAAAAGUCAAAGAAAAGAAACAGCAAUGGGAUCGGUUGCGAAGAAUGGCCUCCAACAGUAUCUGAUACAGCUCCAACAACAUCCUUUGAGAACCAAAGUGAUAACGGCGGGAGUGAUUUCGGCAAUUAGCGAUAUAACAGCGCAGAAACUCACCGGUAUCAAGAAACUUCAAAUCAGACGCCUUCUUCUCAAAGUGCUCUUUGGCUCCGCCUAUAUUGGACCAUUCGGGCAUUACUUUUACAUACUGUUGGAUAAAAUUUUCAAGGGGAAGAAAGAUAAUAAAACUAUUGGCAAGAAGGUCUUGUUGGAGCAACUGACGUCUUCGCCUUUGAACAACUUGAUUUUCAUGCUGUACUAUGGCUUAGUCAUCGAGGCAAGGCCAUGGCUUCAAGUGAAAUCCAAGAUCAAGAAGGAGUUUCCAGCUGUGCAGUAUACAGCAUGGACGUUCUCGCCCGUCGUUGGAUGGGUAAACCACCAGUAUGUACCGCUGCAGCUUCGUGUUGUUUUUGGAAGUGUUGCUGGCUUCUUCUGGGCUAUAUUUAUGAAUCUGAGAGCAAAGUCCAUGGCAAUAAAAAAAGAUUAAGCUUGUGCAACAAAAACAAGUAUGUAAUUUUGUGAUGGUAGUUUUAGCCGUGUUUAUGGCUUUCUAUAUUCGUGUUGUAUGAUGUGAUUUUGACUACUGCAAAAUUUCGAAGACAUAACCUUCAUUGUGAUUUAUAUAUGACUGCUCUUUCAUCUGA